UAACACCCACAAGUCUGAAACACCCUUACAACCUCCCCGAUUAUUCUAUUCAAUUCUCAUUUCGAUUCGAUACGAUUAAGUAAAAACAUAAAUUAAAACAAAGAAAAAAGAAAAGAAAAUAGAGGGUCCGGAGCCGAAGCUCGGGCCCCAGCAGCACCACAACUUCAGCCAACAGCGAUCACUAAUCAUCAUCAUCACCAUUAACGGGUUUCUUUUGUUUUUUCUUUUCCCUCUAAUUGAAUCGAUUUUUCGAAAGUGAGAGCAAGCAGGGAGGACGAAGCAGCAGAUCAAAUCAAAGGCUUGCUUGCUACUGCUGCUGCUUCUGGGUUCGGGUUUGGUUUUGAUCUGGUUUCGGUUUGAUGGGUUCGAAGCCAUGGCUGUACCCGGCUCCGACCUAUCGUACUCUCGAGACCUAUUGGGAUACCGACGACGACGGCCCUGGUCCACGCUGCGGCCACACCCUCACCGCCGUCGCUGCCACCAAGACCCAUGGCCCACGCCUCAUACUAUUUGGUGGUGCCACCGCCAUUGAAGGCGGCGCCGCCUCCUCCGCCCCUGGCAUUAGGUUAGCGGGGGUGACCAAUUCGGUUCAUUCCUAUGAUGUUCUCACCAGGAAGUGGACUAGAAUGAGACCUGCAGGUGAGCCACCGUCUCCCAGGGCAGCUCACGCGGCAGCUGCGGUGGGCACUAUGGUUGUUUUUCAGGGUGGCAUAGGUCCUGCUGGGCAUUCUACAGACGAUCUCUACGUGCUUGAUUUAACCAACGAUAAGUUUAAAUGGCACAGAGUGGUUGUACAAGGACAAGGACCUGGGCCUCGCUAUGGCCAUGUAAUGGACUUAGUUGCUCAAAGAUAUCUUGUUACUGUCAGUGGAAACGAUGGAAAAAGAGUUCUUUCUGAUGCAUGGGCUCUGGAUACUGCCCAGAAACCUUAUGCAUGGGCAAGGCUGAACCCAGAAGGUGACAGACCUUCUGCUAGAAUGUAUGCAACAGCCAGUGCCCGCUCAGAUGGCAUGUUUUUGCUUUGUGGUGGAAGGGAUAUUUCUGGAGCGCCACUAGCAGAUGCCUAUGGACUGCUCAUGCAUAGGAAUGGUCAGUGGGAGUGGACCCUUGCACCUGGCGUGUCCCCUUCACCAAGGUAUCAACAUGCUGCGGUUUUUGUUGGUGCAAGAUUACAUGUCACAGGAGGUGCUCUUAGGGGAGGACGUGGUAUAGAAGGUGAAGGAGCUAUUGCAGUAUUGGACACUGCUGCCGGAGUUUGGCUAGACAGAAAUGGGCUUGUGACUUCCUCACGGACAGGAAAGGGACAGAAUGACUAUGAUCCUCCUUUGGAGCUUAUGCGUCGUUGUCGCCACGCUGCUGCAUCUCUUGGUGUUCGUAUAUAUAUUUAUGGAGGUCUUAAGGGAGACAUCCUGUUAGAUGACUUCCUGGUUGCAGAAAAUUCAUCAUUUCAAUCUGAAAUUGGUUCGCCUGUUUUAACAUCUGAGAGAUCGCCAACUGUAACAAGUCCCAGACCGUUUCACGCUAACACAAGUACUUUUGGAACAUCACCAUCUUCGGAUGGCGAACCUGAGAGUCCCUCAUCCAGUGGUUUGAGCAUGGACAAAAAUUCUAUGGAGAAACUACGGGAGGCUUCUGCAGCUGAAGCUGAGGCAGCUAGUGCUGUUUGGCAAGCUGUGCAGGCAACAUCUGCCACUCCUGCUGAAGAAACUUCUGUUUCAGAUGAUAACUCACACGUUGCAGAAACAUUGUCCGAUGGUAGUGACACUGAGGCAGAUGUUCGCCUUCAUCACCGAGCUGUUGUCGUUGCCAAAGAGGUUGUAGGUAACCUGGGUGGGAUGGUAAGACAGUUGUCUUUGGAUCAAUUUGAAAAUGAGAGUAGACGAAUGAUUCCAAUGAAUAACGACUUAUCACAUCCUAACAAAAAGUUCACCAGGCAGAAGUCUCCACAGGGCCUACAUAAGAAGAUUAUAUCUACAUUGCUGAGGCCUCGGAACUGGAAAGCUCCUGUGAAUAGGAAGUUUUUCUUGGAUUCUUAUGAAGUGGGAGAACUUUGUUAUGCUGCUGAGCAGAUCUUUAUGCAGGAGCCAACAGUUCUUCAGCUGAAAGCCCCUGUUAAAGUAUUUGGCGAUCUUCAUGGACAGUUUGGUGAUUUAAUGCGCUUAUUUGAUGAAUAUGGAUUUCCAUCUGCUGCGGGAGACAUAACGUAUAUUGACUACUUGUUUUUGGGGGAUUAUGUUGAUCGAGGGCAGCACAGCUUGGAGACCAUAACUUUGCUCCUUGCACUUAAGAUUGAGUAUCCUGACAAUGUUCACUUAAUACGUGGAAACCAUGAGGCAGCUGAUAUCAAUGCACUUUUUGGUUUUCGUAUUGAAUGCAUUGAGAGAAUGGGAGAGAAUGACGGAAUAUGGGCAUGGACACGGUUCAAUCAACUUUUCAACUAUCUCCCACUUGCUGCACUAAUUGAAAAGAAAAUUAUUUGUAUGCAUGGAGGCAUUGGAAGAUCUAUAACUUCAGUAGAACAGAUCGAGAAGCUUGAAAGACCCAUUACAAUGGAUGCUGGGUCUAUAAUCUUAAUGGAUCUGCUGUGGUCUGAUCCUACAGAAAACGAUAGUGUAGAGGGCUUGAGACCAAAUGCCAGAGGGCCUGGCCUUGUCACAUUCGGGCCUGAUCGUGUCACGGAUUUUUGCAAGAGAAACAAAUUACAACUUAUUAUAAGAGCUCAUGAAUGUGUUAUGGAUGGGUUUGAAAGAUUUGCCCAGGGACAAUUGAUCACCCUGUUUUCUGCAACUAACUAUUGUGGGACGGCAAACAAUGCUGGUGCUAUACUGGUUGUUGGCAGAGGCUUGGUUGUGGUUCCAAAAUUAAUUCAUCCUUUGCCACCUCCUCUUCAGUCACCAGAGACAUCUCCGGAACGGGUCAUAGAGGACACAUGGAUGCAGGAGCUAAACAUUCAAAGACCGCCAACUCCUACACGUGGCCGACCACAGCCUGAUCUUGAUCGGAACUCACUUGCAUAUAUAUAGCUGAUAGACUUCUGUAUUUUACAAUUAGCGAAUGUGACAAUCCACAUUUCGCUUGAGGCCUGAUGCUUUCCCAGUUUCCACAUUGUGUGGAUUUGUUUUCCUCAACGCAGCGUGUUCUUGUUAUAUUUGGAAGUUAGAGUUGCAGAAGUUGAAGCCUUGUCUAUUCAGUGUACACAGCCUGGUAAUGCUAGAAACUUAGAUGUUAGGGACUGAAUAAUUACCGUUUCUCGUAAUUGAGUUUGUAAUAUAUGUACAACAACGUAGUCUUGCGGAAGAAAUGUAGAAGGUUUUUUUUUGGUCUUA